AUGGUAACAACUGAAGAGGAGAUUGACGAAGGUCAGGAGGAAGAUAUUGAAGUACCGAAAGCAAUGAGUGAUAUCUUUGAAAGUGUGGCUGGAGCUGUUUACCUAGAUGCUAAUCGUGACCUGGAUGUGGUUUGGCGAGUAUUUUUCAAUUUAAUGAGACAAACUAUCGAAGAAUGCUGUGCAUAUCCGCCUCGAUCACCCAUAAGGGAACUUAUGGAGCUCGAACCGGGAAAAACUCGCUUCAGCAAAAUGGAGCGUAUUAUCGAGAGCGGCAAAGUGCGAGUGACAGUCGAUAUAGGGAACAAGAUGAAGUUCACAGGAAUGGGCAGAAAUUAUCGCAUUGCGAAGACUACUGCUGCGAAGAGAGCACUAAAGUAUCUCAAAAGUUUGGAGGAACAAAAGUUGCGCGAGGCUGAACGCAGCAAUGGUAAUGAUAGCGAAAACACUGCAAAAAUGAACUAA